AUGGUACUGACGGAACUGGGGACGCAGCUGACGUGCGCUCUGCAGAAGCUGCAGGCAUCGGCCGCGGCGGACGACAGCGCUAUUGAAGAGUGCCUGAAGGAAGUGAUCAGAGCGUUGAUCUUGGCGGACAUAAAUAUUAGCUACCUGAAGGAUAUAAAAAGUAAUAUAAAAAAAAAUAUCGAAAAAAAUAUCGAUUUGUAUGGAAACAAUAAAAAGAGGCUGGUGCAACAGUACGUGGUGGAGGAGCUUAUUAAUCUCCUGGAAGGAAAGAAAGAGUCAUAUGUUCCAAAGAAAGGAAGUCGUAAUGUCAUUUUAUUUGUCGGCUUGCAAGGAAGUGAAAAAACAACCACCUGUACGAAAUUUGCACAUUAUUAUCAAAAGAAAGGAUUCAAAACGGCCUUAGUAUGUGCUGACACUUUUAGAGCUGGGGCUUUUGAUCAACUGAAGCAAAAUGCCGCAAAGGUUAAGAUCCCAUUUUAUGGUAGCUACUCAGAAGUAGAUCCUGUAAAAAUUGCAAGUGAUGGAGUUAAUGCAUUUUUAAAAGAAAAAUAUGAUUUAAUUAUUGUAGAUAGUUCUGGUAGACAUAAACAAGAGAGUGAAUUAUUUGAAGAGAUGAAGCAGGUCGAAAGUUCAAUCAAACCAGAAGAAAUUGUAUUCGUCAUUGACAGUCAUAUUGGACAAAGUAGUAUAAUUAUUACUAAGAUAGAUGGACAUGCUAAGGGAGGAGGGGCUCUAUCAGCAGUGGCAUCAACAGGAUGCCCAAUUACAUUUAUCGGGACAGGUGAACAUAUUAACGACUUUGAAAAGUUUGAAGCGAAGUCAUUCGUUUCGAGACUUCUAGGGUUAGGAGAUAUCAACGGAUUGGUAUCUACCUUAAAAGAAGUUAUUGACAUUGAAAAACAGCCACAAUUAAUUAACAGAUUAUCCAAAGGGAAAUUUGUACUGAGAGAUAUGUACGAUCAAUUUCAAAAUGUUUUUAAAAUGGGUAGCUUAAGUAAAGUUAUGUCGAUGAUCCCAGGUUUUGGGAAUAAUUUAAUUAGUAAAGGUACUGAGAAGGAAGGCAUAGAGAAGAUAAAAAAAUUUAUGGUUAUUAUGGAUUCCAUGACCAAUGAAGAAUUGGAUUGUGUAAAACCGCUCAACGAUAGUAGAUGUUUGAGGAUAUGUAAAGGAUCUGGUACGCGCCUGCAAGAUAUACGAGAGUUGUUGGAACAGUUUAAAUUUUUAAAAAAUAUGGUCUCCAAAAUGGGAAAAUUGGGAUUGAGAGAAAAUAACCUAGGCUCAUUAAUGCGAAACCAGAAACAGUUCCUCAGCAAAAUGAAUAACAUGAUUGAUCCAAGCAUGCUGGGACAGAUGGGCGGCGCAAAUAACAUGGUUAACAUUUUGAAGGAGUUUACAAAGAUGGAUGAUUUAGGGGGGUCUAUGGCGAACAUGAUGAAACAAAUGGGGUUUAAGAAGUGA